GUAGCCGCAAAGCAUCCUGGGUAGUUGAACAGUGAAAGCGGCGGGAUCAUCAUAUUUAUCCUCAAAUGUAAUGUCCGCGAGUUAUACCUAACUUUAAUUAAGCCCGUAGCAGUCUGCAUUUAGGGGUAUGAGUAAGGCUUAAAUUAGGUACAACCGGAGUUGUUUGGUAGAUAAAACUGCGGGCUCUCUUUCUGUCAACGUCUUGUUGUGUCGUCGCGUUUGAAGCUUUCCCAGUUACCUGGUGUGAACGUUUGUUUUUGGUGCGACCGUUUUUUUUUUAGCGUUUAGCAACAAUGGCGAAGGUACAGGUGUUGAAUGUGGCUGUCCUGGAUAACCCGAGUCCCUUUGGAAACCCUUUUCAGUUUGAGAUAACGUUUGAGUGCAUGGAGGACCUUCCCGAAGACCUGGAAUGGAAGAUCAUCUACGUUGGCUCGGCAGAGAGUGAAGAGUACGAUCAAAUCCUCGACUCAGUCUUGGUCGGCCCGGUGCCUGCUGGGAGGCACAUGUUCGUGUUUCAGGCUGAUGCACCAAACACUGGAUUGAUUCCUGAAAGUGAUGCUGUUGGUGUGACUGUAGUGCUGAUUACCUGCACAUACCGGGGCCAGGAGUUCAUUCGCAUCGGUUACUAUGUCAACAAUGAAUACACAGAACCAGAGCUUCGGGAAAAUCCACCGAUCAAGCCAGACUACACACAGCUCCAGAGAAAUAUUCUGGCAUCAAACCCACGUGUGACCAGAUUCCAUAUAAACUGGGAAGGUUGUGCAGAGCGAAUGGAAGACUGUGAAAAUGUGGAUCCCACGUCAAACUCCAUGCUCCCUCCAUCUUGUCUCCCAGGAAAGGCCCCACCCUUAGGGAUACUACCAGAUAACUCAAUGGACUGCUUAUAGAGACAACCCCAGCCCCAAAUGUGAUAACUCACAACAGGAGAUCUUUCUUUUUGGAGGAUGCCUGUGGACAUUCUAAUGUGGAUGUACAGACAUCUUUGCCUUACAGCUGCCCUUAUUUACCUGAAGCAUGUCAAAAAUGAACCCCCAUCUUAAGAAAAGUGUUUGUUCCAAGGACGAUUAUGAGCAUCUCACACUUAUGAUCAUCACUUAUAGAUGGGGACUUCUUUGCCAUGUUGUUGAAAGCAAUAUUUAAGUAGUUUAACUCGUGGAAUGGAGAACAGUAACUGUGCAGCUGAACUGAAGCGGCACCACAAGCUGAUGUGUGAUUCACCUUCCUUCCUUUUGUUGGUGUAGAACUCAUUUGUACUCAGAAGAAUAUUUCAGCACUGAAGCAAUAGGCAAAUAAACUAAUGUAUUGCCGUAAAGGAAUUUUAUAUUCUGCCAUCACAUUUGUGUUAAAUUUAUUUUGCACUUAAAUCUUUACACACUUAGAUUGUUGAGUUUUGGAUGGGCUACAUCACUUUCUCCCUGUUUUUUUUUGUUUUUGUUUGCAACUGUGUGUUCUAAAUAAAAAAAACAUUGUAUUAGUUAUGUA